UAAGAAAAUUAGUACAAACAUGACAUAUAAGGAUUUUUUCAUGAAGGUAUGUGAUAUAAUUAAAUUUAAAUACAACAAUUCCACUCAAGUUGUAUUUUAUUUAAGUGUUUUAACUAAAGUUGCAUUAGCCUUAGCCACUCAAUUAAUGUUUCGACCUGACUUUUUAAUCCGUUAUGAGUUAUGACCGCAUUUGUCUAAAAUUUUCCAAUGGGCUAAUUUACUCACCAGGUCGAUAUUUGACGGACAUGGUAUCAAACCAUAAUAAAUACUGUGAACAGUGCUAUUGCCUGAAAAUAAUUUUAUUUAAACUGUAGUAUAAUCAAGGUCGGAUAAGUAGGUAACACUAUACAUUCAGGUAAAAGGUAAAAAUGGUGGCACUUGCUUCUAUUAUCUCACUGGGCAAUUUCCCUAGUCUUCGAGAAAAAUUACGUUUUUGGUUCUUGUGCACAACCUUUACGUUUUACCUUUAUUGAUAAGAUAGAAUAAAAGCUUAGGAGAAUUUAAUCCACUUGUUAGUUAAUCUUAGAUACCAGAAAUUAAGUUACAUUUAGAAGUUAUUUGAAAUCUAAGAUCAAAAGAAUGUCUAUUAAUUAAUCUCUUGCAAAAUAAGGUGCUUUUAAUAAUUUUAAUGAGCAAUUUUUUGCUACUGGUAUCUUAAUUACGACUGAAGAUUAUAUCUGGUUAUUACUCACGAUGACGUAAAUUUGCUAUGUCGGACCCGUAGGAGUGGAUUAUAUUUACAUGAAUAUUACUUUGUUACUUGCUAUAUACUUGUACUUGCUAUAUUGUAUUGAAUUGUAUUAAUUGUAGACUAAUACCUAAUGGCGGGGAUGAAUAUAAAUAAAUGUUACCCACAAUGCCUAUUUCUACAAACCUGAUAAAACAAUUAUUUGUAUAGGUGUUACUGCUGAUACUUUCGAUGACUCCUACGUGGGUUAUUUCUGCACCAAGGCAGCCCAGACUUAGUCUAGCGGAGCCAAUGCCUAGCUACUUUUACAAUAAUAUAGAUGGUUACCCUGGCACAUACGCAUUCGGCUACGACGUAUUAGACGCAGCCACCGGCCAAACCCAGUACCGGAAUGAAGAGCGGUACCCCAACGGUACCGUGGUGGGCAGCUACGGGUAUCUGGACCCGGUGGGCCGGGCUCAUCGGUACCGAUAUGUGGCUGAUGAGAAAGGAUACAGGGUAAUGAAAGACCGCCCCAAUCCCUACACUGCACCAAUAGUUAACCCUAACGCCAUUUUGAAUACCGAUGAAGAUACAGUCACUUGGAAGAGGAAGAAACCACGCCGUACUACGGAAAAGCCUGAACUAAGGAGAAACAAUUUCAUUCCAUUUCCUGGCCAAUAUUUUAUUUAACUUCUCUGAAAACAUAAAUUAUUAUGACAACAUUAUUGUUUUAUUUUCCCUUAAAACUCUUUUCUCGAGUUUCCUU